AUGUUCAAUAAACCUCAGAAUGUAUUUGAUACAGCUUUUGAUGCUGGAGGAAAGGUCAGUUCGGGACUAACAGCUACAACCAUAGUAUCACAAUGGACAUGGGCUGCUACAUUACUGCAAUCUGCUACUGUUGCCAGCAAGUAUGGUAUAAGCGGCCCUUUAUGGUAUGCUGCGGGUGCUACUAUCCAAAUUCUCCUGUUUUCAAUUAUUUCCGCUCAACUGAAAAUACGAGCACCAGGUGCAAAGACAUUUUUACAAGUGAUCAGAGCCCGAUUUGACAAGAAAACACAUAUCACAUUCUGUGUAUUUGGAUUAUUGACCAAUUUAAUUGUGACUGCUAUGUUGAUGUUGGGAGGCGCAGCUGUAUUGACUAGUCUUGUUAAAGGAUUAAAUGUAGAAUUUGCCACAGUGUUAGUAGUUGCAGUGAUAGGAACCUAUACAUUUAUUGGUGGACUAGGAGCUACAUUUUAUGUCUCGUAUUUUAAUACAGCAUUGAUAUACAUAAUAAUGUUGAUAAUCAUGCAGAAAGUCUACAAUGAUCCGGAUAACAGCAGUAAUCCUUUAGGAAGCAAAGACAUAAUUUAUCAGUUUGUUGGCUGUAGUGAAGGACCAGCGGAAAACCUAGAUAAAAGUUAUCUGACAAUUAUGUCGAAACAGGGGCUCAUGUUCGGUCUCAUCAAUAUUGUAGGAAAUUUUGGAACAGUAUUUGUCGAUCAGUCAUACUGGCAAAGUUCAGUAGCUGCAAAACCUAAGGAAGGUGUGUUCGGUUUUCUGCUCGGUGGUAUCUGUUGGUUUGCAAUACCUUUUGCAUUUGCAUCUACUACUGGUUUAGGAUAUAUUGCUUUAAGUGCUCAGCAAGACUCUCCGUUGUUAGAUGACGCUAGUAUAGAUGCAGGUCUAAUUCCACCCUUGAUUGCACAGAAGUUGUUAGGAAGACCGGGGGAAUUCCUUAUAUGUGUGAUGUUACUGAUGGCUGUUACAUCAACUGGAUCAGCUGAGGUUAUGGCUGUGACAUCCAUACUUGUCUAUGAUGUUUAUCAAGUUUACUUAAAGCCAUUUAGAAUGGUAUUAGAUUCUAACACCUGUAUUCUAUGUGGAAAGGCCAGAGGUCGAUUAGCAGUUCUUCGGGAUAAAUGCAAAUGUGAAAGCAUGACUGAUUGCAUUGCAUGCAAAAACGAUGAUAAAGAGAUAAGCAUGUGCAAAAGAACAAUAAAACCACAGUUUAUGUGCAAAACACAUGGUAAUUUUAGAAUAUAUGUAGACUACCUUUUAAGACUAAAGAACUGGUGCCUGAUGUGGACGGUCUUGUGUAUUAUACCUCUAACGGUACUUCUCAAAAUUUUAACGGUCAGUCUCUCCUGGUUGUACCUUUUCAUGGGUAUUUUGAUUGGAUCAGCUGUGAUACCUAUUAUUCUGUGUAUGUUUUGGGAGAAACUUACGGGACCUGGUAUGAUAGCUGGGGGUAUAAGUGGUACAGUGGCGGCUUUGAUAGCAUGGUUAUCAGUUGCAUCAUUAUAUAGCGGUGGACUAUCCAACUUUAUUCAUAACACAGGAAAGGAGCUACCAAUGUUGAUAGGAAAUAUAACAUCUAUUUGUGUCGGUGGUACGAUGUGUGUUCUGGUAAGCUGUUUUCAAUCACAUAAGAAAGGGUCAGGAAUGUACAAUGAAACUUGGGAGCUGACCAGAGAUAUUGACAGUCCACUGAGUCCUUGGACCGAGCUUUACGCUACGGACCUUGGUUUAAAAGAAGCGACUUCAUUAGACUGUCGACCAGACCUAGAACAUAUUAAAAAGACUUUUCGAAUGUCAAGUGUAAUAGCUAUAGUAGGAGGUUUAGGCUGCAUGUCAUUAUUGAUUGUAGUAUGGCCUACAAUAAUGAUAGCCUCUGGAGUACUAAAUAAUACAGAAUUCAAUAUAUGGGUCACAGUUGGACAGGUCUGGGCAUAUUUAGCUGCUUUAUUCAUUAUCGUUGUUCCACUCAUUACUGAAGGCAUAGACAUUGUAAAAACAUAUAAUGAAAAUACUAAAGUGCACAGUGAAAUUUCUGUGGAUAGACGACGUUCUGCAAUGGACAUUAAAAACUUUGUCGGUGAAACAUCAAAAUCAAAGGGAAAAUACAAAGAAAACAGUACUGUCGUUGAAAAUGAUGUUAAUAUAACUGCAGAUAAUAACGAGCUAAAUACUGUUAAUUUGAUAUGACUUCAUAUGACUUUAUGAAGUCAUAAUUAAUGUUAAAAAAUAGACAUUUCAUGCAGUAGACAAAGAAUUUCACUAUUAUUUCCAAAACGUGUACUGAAAUGUUGCGAUUGGAAAAUACUAAACUAUGCAAAUUCAGUCAAUGACUUCAAGUUGUUAAAGUGUUCCAAUUAUUUCCGAUGAAUUCGAAAUGACGAAUCGUAUGUACAUUUUUUUUCAUUAAAAAAGGGAACAUGAAUUCCAUUAUAUGUUAAACAAUUUUAGAAAAUAGCAUAAUUUUAUCAAAUAAAGCACACAGCAACACACUAAUAUAAAUGUAAGUAAGUGCUUGGACGACCAUAACAUUUCAAUUAACGAGUUUAAAAUGUGUUUGUGUCUCAACUAAUAAGCAACAUGUGUUCGCAGUCUUCAAUCUUUCUUUAUAUACCAGAACAGUCGACAGAUCAGUACAUUUACCUAAUUUUUCCAUUACUCGUGUGUUUGUGAAAUGUUUACUGAGCGGAUUCGUAUGGAGGAUGAUGCAUACAUAGGGUUCUUACCCUUCCGACGCACACGUUUUCGAAUUUUCGGCGUUCAUGCAAUUCCCUCAGUGUUUGUAUUUUACCUUGAAUUGUAUCUUCAACAUAGAUUUAUGAGAUUUGAACAUUAGUAAACUAGUGUGUCCUCGAAUCUAUAUAACGAAUAACUGUUAGGGAUAUUGUAUUUCUCAAAUUUCUGCUUUAAAUUUUGAAAUUUCUUACUUCUAACAUGGCUUUCUUACUUCCAAUUUGACAUUUUGCACUUUCAAAUGGCAUUAAGAAAUGUCAAUUGGGAAGAGGUAAGUGUCAAUUGGAACUGUGAAAUGGCAUCUGGUAACUGAGAAAUGUCAAUUUGAUCAUGAGAACUGUCCCCUUUGAAGUGAGACAUGUCAACUAGAAAGUGAGAAAUGUAUCUUGGAAGUGUGAGAUGUCAUAUUGGAAGUAGAAAAAGUCUGAAAGGAAAUGAGAAAUAAAUAUUUUCUAACCAGUCUUUCGUAGUUUAAGAUUUUUAAUCGAAAUGUUACGGAUGUCCUAUUUAUGUAUACACAUGUAUUUUAUUUUACAUUAACAAAAUGAUGACAUAUUCAUACAUAAUUGUUUUGCCAUUUCAUACACUGACAAUGUGGUACAAUAAUUCAAUAUUUACUGCACUAUUCAUCACAUAUCUAUUUUGAACUCAUAUAUUAAAUUGAUGCAUAACUGUCACACUUAGACGUAGAAAUGUCAAGUUGUAAGUGAGAAAUGUCAUAUUGGAAAUAUCUAAAAGGAAAUGAGAAAUUAAAAAUAGAAUUUUGUAAGCAGUCUUUAGGUUGUUAAUCAAAAUAUCAUCGAUGUUCUUUUUAUCUAUACACAUGUUCUUUAUGUCUAAUUACAAAUGAUGGCGUAUUUAUACAUAUCUGAUAAAUUAAUUUGAUCUGCUCACAAAUUUCACCUAGGCUAUAUCUACUACUAAAGAUUAAGAAAUUUCUUAAUCUAGACUGCAAAAAUUAUUUUAUAAUGGUUACAUGUGUAUCUUACCACGUAUUGAUUGUUAUUGUUAUUAUUGUAGCAGUGAGGGUUUAAAUAUGAUCUUAAAAUUACAAAAGAGAGCUGCUUGAAUGAUACAAGAACCAUAUCCUUUUGCUCCUUCUCACCCCCUAUACAAACAUUCAAACUGGAUGACAGGUGAAUAGAGAAUAAAAUAUCACAAAUUUGUGAUAACAUUUAAGUGCAUCAAAAAUGAUGCCCAAUCAUAUCUUACUAGCAAGUUUCAUUAUAUGUCAGGCAUAAAUCCACGCCCCUUGAGAAAUGCUGUUCAAGGAAACAUCAUGCUCCCUAAACCAAAAAUCGUAUUGUUCAAGAAAUCUUUUAUGUAUUCUGGACCAUUCUUGUGGAACAAUUUGUCUAAAUCGUUACGAAUUAUUACAAAUGUUAAUUCUUUUUAUUACAAAUUAACAGAUCAUUUAUUGAAAUCAGCCAAUUCAACAACAAAAAAUUAAGAUAUUAAUUAUUUCCUCAUGUUUAUUUUUUUAUAACAUUUUAUGCAGUUGUAUUGAACAUUGAUCGUUAUACUUGACUUUUAUACUAAUGUAAUUCAUGUAUAUGUCUGCAUUGUCGUUUUUCAACGACUUUUUUUUUAUGCUUUUCUGUGAUGAGGGAAUCAGGGAAGAUGAGUUAUAUAGCUAGCGGUGUAACACUAUCAAUAUAAAGUAUUGUUGUUGUUGUUGGUAUGGCUUAUAUAUACAUUACUGUUAAAUUGCAAAUUGUCAUUUAUUAUACUGAUUUGUUGUUGUUUUACUUUCAAGAUAUUAAAAAGUCUUUAAUAUUA